AGGAUGUGUGGUAUGACGGUGCUUUUAGAUGAUGGUGGAGGUGAUGAAGACUUUGACGUGGGUGACGGGAUCUGGAUGCUGCCGCCUCCUCCGGCUCAGUAUGACGGUGGGGUCUGGGGGGCCCGGCGGGGCCACUGCGGGUGUGUGCUGUGGACGCUGCUGCUGCUGCUGUGGAAUGUCCUGCUGCUGCUGGGGUGUGUGGUGCUGAUGGUCCUGAUCUUCAGCCUCAUUCUGCUGCCUGCCGCCCUGCUGCUGUACGCUGGCUUCCUGUGCCAUUCACGGGUUGUGGCUUCUCAGGCUGCUCUUUGUCGCUACCUUGAUGACAACAGUUGCUCUGCCCUCAUCAUCCUGGGCUUUGUCAUGAUGUCUCCACUGGUCGUGGUUGCUGCGGCGACGUUCUGCGCUCUUCUCAGGCGGCUCCACCUACUCUUAUAUUUUCAGCCAAUCACAGAAGCUCGGUACCAAGGCCGGGGCUUGGGCAGGAGGCGGGACAGCCAUGCCUGGGUUUGACUGUCAGACACGCCCACCAUUCUCAGGUCAGCAUCCGGGGUGACCCCUAGCAACAGUAACGUCACGGCACAGUGACGGCAUUACUGUUACUCUACAGAAACACAAUCAUGUAACACGUGUAACACGAUGUAUGUAAUAUAUCCCUAACUGACCAAAAUGUAACUCUGGAAACGUUUUUCAGAGAAUCCAAUUCAAUCUUUUCACAUGACUGAGAAACUGAUGCAAAGUUCAAGA